UCGGUCGGUCGGUCGGUCGGUCGGCGGGUCCCGCAGCGUUGAGGGCAAGGUGUUUGGCCUCCGCGUCCCCGGCCCUCCCCGCCGUCGCUCCAGCCCCUCCGCUGGGCGCCAUGAAGAUCAAGGAUGCCAAGAAGCCAUCUUUCCCAUGGUUUGGCAUGGACAUUGGGGGAUCCCUCGUGAAGCUCGCAUAUUUUGAGCCUAUCGAUAUCACAGCAGAGGAGGAGCAGGAAGAAGUUGAAAGUUUAAAAAGUAUCCGGAAAUAUCUGACUUCCAAUGUUGCCUACGGAUCCACUGGCAUUCGGGACGUCCAUCUGGAGUUGAAGGACUUGACGCUCUUUGGCCGAAGAGGGAACUUGCACUUUAUCAGAUUCCCAACCCAUGACCUGCCUACUUUUAUCCAAAUGGGAAGAGAUAAAAACUUCUCAACACUACACACAGUGCUGUGCGCCACCGGAGGUGGUGCUUACAAGUUUGAAAAAGAAUUUCGUACAAUUGGAAAUCUGCAGCUGCACAAAGUGGAUGAACUUGAUUGCCUUGUAAAGGGCUUAAUGUAUAUAGAUUCCGUCAGUUUUAACGGACAGGCGGAGUGCUAUUAUUUUGGCAAUGCCUCAGAACCCGAAAGAUGCCAAAAGAUGCCUUUUAACCUAGAUGACCCUUACCCGCUGUUGGUUGUAAACAUUGGUUCUGGAGUCAGCAUUUUAGCGGUCCACUCCAAAGACAACUAUAAAAGGGUGACAGGAACAAGCCUUGGAGGAGGUACUUUCUUAGGUUUGUGCAGUUUGUUGACUGGCUGUGGAAGUUUUGAAGAAGCUCUCGAAAUGGCAUCCAAAGGCGACAGCACACAAGCAGACAAAUUGGUCCGGGAUAUUUAUGGAGGAGACUAUGAAAGAUUUGGCUUGCCAGGAUGGGCUGUAGCAUCUAGUUUUGGAAAUAUGAUUUACAAGGAGAAACAGGAAUCUGUUAGUAAAGAAGAUCUGGCCAGAGCCACUUUAGUUACUAUCACUAACAAUAUUGGCUCCAUAGCACGGAUGUGUGCUGUUAAUGAGAAAAUUAACAGAGUUGUCUUUGUUGGAAACUUUUUACGAGUCAAUACUCUGUCGAUGAAACUCCUGGCAUACGCACUGGAUUACUGGUCCAAAGGCCAACUGAAAGCAUUGUUUCUAGAACAUGAGGGCUACUUUGGAGCAGUUGGGGCUCUCCUUGGGCUGCCAAAUUUCAGCUAAAACAUCAGAAGUCACUGUCGCAUCAAGGCCAUCCAGGUAGAACAAAAAACACAUUCUUUAAGUUGAUGGGAACCAAAGGAAGAAAAGAAAAAAAAACCCAGCAAUGCUGCUGUUUUUUUUUUUUUGGUGUGUGUGUGUGUUAAUGUUAAGCUGCUGUAAAUUGCCAUAUUAAAGUGAGAUAUUGGUAAUGAGUAAAAGCAUUUCUGAUCAAAAUGCUUUAAGGGUUUGAUCUUACAUUGCCCUAUACAUGAAGCCAGUAUUAAAUCCUUAAAAUGCAAUACAAUCUCUGAAUAUUCAACAUCUUAAAAGGAAUUUCAUUUUUUUUCAAGUACUCAACAGUAAAGUGCUGAAUACUCCAAGCUUAAAUGUUCUGAAGUUUAACAGACCUAUGAAAGUCAUUUGUUCGGAGGGUUUUGAUACAAGUCUUUAUUUUAAUGCCUUUCAGUUGUAUUUUAUUUGCAUAAAAACACUCAUUCCUUGCAUUGGAAACGCAUCAGAACAACUUACGUGCCAUUCUGAGAAAAUCUAGUAUAGAAUAUUUCACUUGAUGUGUAAUGUUACAUGUUAUAAUGUUUCUGAUAUAUCCCAAGAGGUAGGUUUCUGGGUUCUUCACCCAAUAAAAAUAAUCUUUUGUUCCUUGAGCUCUAUAACUGAACUAAAAUAGCUUAACAUCUGUAUUAAAUUGACUAUAGAAAACUGCUCUACACUUGCAGAGCACUGUAAUUUUGGUUUCAUCAAAUUGGUACUAGGAACUGCUUUGAAAUACCCUUUGGGUCAGAACUGAAUUAAGGCAUUACACUCAAUCUGUUUAAAGAUAUAAUACUUACAAUUUAGCCAUUUAGUUUCCUAAUUGGUUAUAUUCAGUUAACUCUCAGGAUUGAUAAUGGCUCAAGAGUUUGUAGUGUCGGUGGUGUCCAUAAUAUCUAUGAUUGUCUCAAAGUAGAGGUGGGUUUUUUUUUUUUAAAAAAAAAAGAAUGCUGAACAAUCAAACCAAGAGUUUUGGAGUUCUAUUACCAGAAAGUCGCCCUAUUUAGUCUCAUAAGACAUUUUGUCAAUCUAUGGGAAAUCAUUUUGCAGGUUUUCUUGUUAUUCAGAGACAGUGUUGCAGAAUUUAUAAAAGGAUCAGUAUCUUGUACAUCCCGGCAGUAAAACUCAUUACAGUUCCAGUUUUUCUAGACUCAGUUUGGGAUUAACUUUAAAUAUUAAGUAAUUUUGGGUAAAUCUGUGAACUUUUUCAGACUUUUUUUUACUUGGCCCCAGUUAAGUGUUAUAGCAUGGAAGUUGUUUAUAUUUUAGUAGCUAAGAGUCAAAAAAUAAACACUUCCAUUUUUGCCCAGGAAACAUUACCCCAAGAACUGAGCAGCAGUUUAUUUUACUUUAAAUGAAGUAGUAUUAUGACCACAACAGCUCAACAGACUUAAAAGAAAAAAAGGAGUAUUACACUUUUAAAACAGGCCAGCCAUUUUUUCAGGAUCUGCUCCCUGACGGGGUAGAUCAGACAUGCCUUUUGACUCCUUGUGUGCAGGGAACAUGUCUACCAACUCUGUUAUAGUGUACUCUCCCAAGUGAAUAGUACAGUGCUCUUCACAUAGUAAGCGCUCAAAUACUAUUGAUUGACCUUGUCAGCCGUAUGACUCUUUUAUUCUAAAUACCUGGGAGCAGGAGGAUGGGUCGGAUGGAUAGGGAACUCCAGUCAGUUUAAAGCUCUGGGUGGAUCUUAGUAGCAUUAACAUCUACAGUAACCUACAGAAAUGGCCUUUGCAGCCUCAAAAUAGUCUUUCCCCACUAGUGGAUAUUUCAGCCAUAUUUUCAGUUUCAGUUGCUUUAAAGACUUCAGAUAUGUGUUCCAUUUGAUUGAAAAAAUCUGACAUCUUUUCUUGAGGGUUUCUUCAGGCUCUCAACCAAUUAAUGCAGUUUUAUAUAAACUACCCAAGGUUUUAGGUCAAUGUUCUGAUAUACUUACAGUUGCAGUCCUUCAAAUUAUAGAGGGGAAAAGUGAUAAUUACAUUCCCCGUCGAAUUAGCUCUGCAGCUGACCUUUUAAAAAUAAAAGGUAUAUUUAAAGCAAGAUGACCAAAAUUGCUCUCUUCAUGGAAAAAUAACUUGUUUUGGGGCUCUGGGACCUUAUUGAUGCUGGAAUUAAUUACAAUUCAGCUUUAUUAUAACUGAGAAGUCUAUUCCAUGCUCUUGGCCAUUAGCGACUUUUUUGGCUGUUUCCACGUGAACCUUAUGCCACAAGAGUGUAAGUGGAAGAACAUGUAAUAGCUCUGAAGAAAGUAAAUAUAUUAAGAGUGUAUUUCUUGGUCAUCCAAGCACUAGUUCCCAAUAAAUAUGCUCUUUUCCAAUCCACUAUAAUCACAAAGAUUACUGUCUAUUAGAAAUAACUCAAA